AAACUACACACUCUCAUGGACACGCACACACACACACACUGACACUAAGAUGGAUAUAUUUUGAUAAAAUAGCUAGACAUUUUUUUAAGAGAUGGAAAUUUGACGCGCCACUGAUAUCACACACACACUCAACCCCCCUCGCCCCGUGUUUUUAAAGCCCUCCCCAAUCCCCCGCUCUCUCCAAAAAGAUUUUAAAAGUACGAGUGGGCUCGUCUGCGUCCUGUAACUCGGUCUCUGUUUGAAUAAGCUAGCGUCGCAGGUUGCGCAGUACAAAGGCCAAACACAGCAACCCGAGCAGUCUGGUGAGAGUUUCGUUGCACUGGAGAGACUGAGACGGAGCCACUGGACCGGCAGCGCUUGCUUCUCCGGUCACAGUCACACAGCUAGACUUUCUGAAAACCCUUCACGUGCAUUUAGUUUUCCAAGACAAAAGGAGCAACAAAAAAAAAGAUAAUAAUAAAGUGAGUUGUUUUUGGAAAUAUAUCUAUAUAUUCUUAGUCAAACGGUGGCGUUGUCCAGUGUAAAGUGUGGCAAUGCCGUUUUAACUCGACAUCCUCCGAGUGACUGGGAUAGUAUCUUUUUCCAAUAAAGUGGUAUUUGUAGCAUUUUAAUCACUUUCAGUAUCAUACAGUAGGAGUGUUAUUAGGUUUACUAAUGUGAAAAUGUGACUGUUUACUUGUCCUGUAAUGCGGUACGAGUGCAAAGUAGGUAUGUUUUAAGCUCUUCUAAUAAUCGUCCUCACUGAGAUCAACUUAGGAGUUAGAUUUACAAUCCAGCUUUGGUUUUGUCGUUUUUUUUUUUUAAACCUCGAAUAGAUGGAUAGUAGCAUCAUAACAUUGCAAGUCAGUGACAUGGUGAAAGGAUUUGAGAACAUCAGGUGUGUCCCCGCCCCCUUCCUCCCCUUAUUUUUAAAAACAUUUUCCACUUCCAAACACCAGUUCCCUGCUGUCUAAAUCGUCACCACAACUGAAGGGAUUUGCACUAAUUUACGGUUAUUGUUUUUUGCAACAGCCGGCGAAGACAGACGUGAGGAUACUGUGUGUGACACACCGGGAAGUUUUAGCUAAAGACACUAUCAGGUGAAACCUUGGUUUGUGAGUGUGAAUGCAAGGAGUGAACUUGCGUGUUUGUUCUCUUUGUCAAUGACAUUUUGAAAAUUGACUCCAAAGGCUGUCUCAGAAAAUGCAACUAUUCUCCCCAGGGUCUCAGUGCAGCCCAUAAAUCAUACCAAUAAGUAUAAGGUGCCUUGCUCAUAUUUAUCUUGCCCCUGGAGAAAUUUAGUCAGACCAUUUUGAUAAACAGAUGUUAGGUUUCUUGGGCCAAACUGCACAAAAACAGUCCAGUUCUCCUUUUAUCGUAUCAAAAGGAGGAAACGUUUUAUUGCUGGUGCAUUGCUAUGUAUUGUUUUCAUUCCCAUAUCAGUUUCAGAUCUUUAAAAAAAGAGAAAAAAAAACAGAACAUUCAGGCUUUAAAAGAAUGUGUUUUGUGAUUUGUCUUCCAGUGUUUUCUUUUUGAAGUUUGCAUGAUUCAUCUUCAUUAUCAUUUUCAAUAAUGCAGAACAAUGUGUGCUUCUAGGAUGGUUGCAUUUCUCUUUUAUAAAUGAAUGUAAAUGUAAGAUUUGUGUUUGUGUGUUUACUUUUGAAUGUUUUAAAUAUAGCUGCAUGUGCAGCGUGUGGUCUUAUGAGGGUUCUGUGAUCACGGAGGUGAAUAGGUCACAGACUGAUUAGUCUUUUUUUUAAUAUGUUGCCCGUUGGUUAUGUUCAUUAUAUUUAGUCAAGCUGUGCAAAAUGCAUCAUACAUGGACACCGUCAGUAAAUAGUAACUGGUAGUUCUUACACUAAUCUUAAACAUUCUGGAGUGUCCUUUUUGCCCACAUUGAGGGGGGUUCUGUUCGUGUCCGCAUUCGCUGAAUGAUCAGCCUGAAAUACUGUCCUUUCAUUCCAAGCACAAAGUGGGCACUGCUGACCAAGUGUCGAUGCAACAGCUAGAAAUCAAUCUCACACACCAGAUCUCCUAAAUCCGAGGAGACCCGGAAAUACGCCAGGUCAACUCGAUUUCAAGGAAUUUUGUGACAUCUUACAUCCCAAUUACUUGAUUUGAAAUAAAAUUUGUCCCUCAUCAUGAACUUUCAGGUUUCUGUUUUUCCCCAUAAGCCUUGCCAACUGCACAUUUUUCUCUGGUGUUGCCAAAAUUAAGCACCAACAUGCAGCAAACACUGAGGACGUUUGACCUCAACAGCUACUGCUUAGCUCUUCAAAAUAGUAACGGAGCACAUAAUGGUUUUCUAAAACAAUUAGUAAACUGUACUGACGUUAAGAUUCAAUCUACUUUGUUAUAUAUUCACAAUUUACACCUGUCAAAUCUAAUACAAUUCAGUACAAAAAUAAUCCAUACUAUUUCCUGGACCUCCGCGUCUUGAAUUAUUUUUGGCCCUCGUCAUGUGCCGUAGUUAAAGAAAAAUCAUGGCGGCUGUCAUUCGGCGAAAGUUUUGGUGCGACAAAGUUUUUGAACUACUAUGUUUCUCACGCCAGUGAUAGCUUUUUCACUCACGCAGUUCUCUCGGGAAACGUUUCACCAUCGGACACGGGACGGGGAUGUAAAUUAUUGGGAGUGGUAGCGCUGACCGGCGCCAAGACGCGGAGAUGAGAAUCUAAGUCUUAGCCGAGCUAGCUACUUCUCACAAGUCUGCUAUCUGAAGUGAAGUUUGCGUCUCGCGGGAUUUUAAAUGUCGUAACGUGUAGAUAACAGACUCUAAAUGCACUAAGCCGCCGGUUUUAAGGCUUUGCUAGGUUCACAGAAAAAAUGUGUCGUUUUUUCCGAUACUGUAUCAGCCACUGUCUCCACGCGGCAAUGACCCGGCUCGAGGAGGUCAACGGGGAGGUGAGUAUGUGGUCCUCCGUGCGGUGGCUCGGCUACCUGUCGGGUCUGAACCUCCUCGUGGCUCUCUGUUUGGGUCUCUACGUGCGGUGGGAACGCACGGAGGAGUCCGCUCUCCUCGUCAUUUUAGUCCUCGCUCUGGUCGUCCUGGCCGUGGCGAGCGUGCUGUACUACUACUUCGACAUGGAGCGCCUCAGCCUCAGCCUCCUCCACCUGUGGUUCGGCUUCCUGCUGGGGCUCCUCUGCUUCCUCCCCUCCCCCGACCCGGAGAGCGACGUCAAGGAGCGGGCGACCGACUACCUGCUGCUGGCCAGCGUGGCCCUGCGGACGUUCUGGGCCUUCCUGGAGCGGCUCCUGGGCUGCGCCCGGUACCGCCCCGCCGUCCUCACCUCGGCGGAGCGGCUGGAGCUGGCCGGCUUCGCGGCGGCCAGCGCGGCCCUGCUGCUCCAGGAGUCGCUGAGCGUGACGGUGCUGGUGGUGGCGCUGGCCGCCGUCAUGGUCUGCCUCCGGGUGAAGGCUCUGCUCGCGCUCCCCGGCCUGGCCCUCUUCGCGGUGGUCACCGGCGAGCUGUUUUUCAAAUCCCUGAGCUUUGCCGCCAACCCCUUCGCGCUGUCGUGUUUCUUCAGCCAGCUUCUUUGCGACCCCCUGCUGGACUGCUACUUCAGCGGGCUGUCCGUGACGGAGCGCUGGCGGCCCUUCCUGCUGUGGCGGGCCCUGUGGCGCCGGCUGUCCCUGCUGCCCCUGCUGGGCGCGGAGGCGGCCUUCUUUGGGCUGGCCGCGCGGAAGCUGGCGCGCGCCGACCCCUGGUACGUGCUGGUCCCGGGCUUCGUCGCGUGCGCGCUCUUCUGGGCCGUGUGCCACACGGUGUUCCUCAUCACCGCGUGGGGCUUCCACACCAAGCUGAGCGACUGCCAGAGGCUGAGCCUGCACCAGGGCCCGGAGGACAGCGGCCUGGACAAAGUCAUGGCCUCCAGGGGCAUGAGGCACUUCUGCCUCAUCGCCCAGCGGCUGGUCACCUUCAGCCUGCUGUCCACCGCCGCCGUGGCCGCUCUGUGCUGGCAGGCGUCCAGCGGCCUCUUCAUCAGCACCUUCCUGCUGGUCCUGCCCCUGGAGGCGCUGUUCCACGGGCUCUUCUACGAGCUGGGCAACAGCCUGGGCGGCACCAGCGUGGGCUACGCCGUGGUGGUCCCCACCAACUACUGCAGCCCCGACGGCCAGCCCACGCUGCUGCCCCCGGGCCAGGUGCAGGAGCUGAACCGCCGCUCCACCGCCAUGCUGAGCGACGUGCAGCGCUUCUUCGCGCACCACCUGAUCCAGAACUUCGGCUGCGACUACUCCACCGGCGGCCUGGCGCUGGACGCGCUGCAGGCCAAGAUCAAGGCCUUCCUGGAGCUGCGCACGGCCGACGGCCCGCGCCACGACACCUACGUCAUCUACUACAGCGGCCACACGCACCGCAGCGGGGAGUGGGCGCUGGCAGGCGGAGACGUCCUGCGGCUGGAGCAGCUGCUGGACUGGUGGCGGGAGAAGAACGGCGGCUUCUCGUCCCGCCUGGUGCUGCUGCUGGACUGCCACCACUCGCAGCCCUGGGUGCGGGCGGUGCGGCGGGCCGAGGGCGUCCACGUGGCCGUGCAGGGCGCCACGCUGGGCGCCGGGCGGCCGGGGGACCCCCCCCCGCAGCUGGGGGACUUCACCUCCCAGUGGGUGGAGUACAACUGCACCGACGGCGGCGCGCGGUGGUCCGGCGGGGGCCGGGCGGUGGCGGCCGACUACGGCGUGUCCAGGCACUGGAGCGACUACACGCUGCACCUGCCCACGGGCAGCGACGCCACCGGCCACUGGAGCCUGCACUUCCCCCGGCCCACCUACCCGCUGGUGCAGCUGGCGCUGUGGGGCGGGGGCCUGCAGCUGCUGGGGCUCUGCGGCUUCUGCCUGCGCUGCCUCCGCAGGGUCAAGCUCAACUGGUUCCCGCCGGCCGUCCUGGACACCGGGCAGGGCUUCAAACUGGUGCGCUCGUAG